AAGAUGGCAGACGCAGGUGUUGCUGCUUCCGCCGACAAGAAGGGACCUCCCAAGUUCAAGCAGAGGACUACUCGUACCUUCAAGAGCAAGGCGCCUAAACCCGGCCAGAAGGGAUUCGGAGACGACAUCCCGGGCAUGGAGGGCCUGGGCACAGACAUCACAGUGGUUUGCCCAUGGGAAGCCUUCGGGGACAUGGAGCUCAGCGACCUGGCCAAAUACGGAAUUGUCUAAAGAAAACCUGCAGCAUUUUCACCACAACUAUUUUACCUUCCUGCACCGAUUUUGGCCCGGUCCUCCCCUCUCGCCCUGCUCUCCUUCCCCUACCAACAUACCUGACCUGAUGUCUGUUGUUGUGUUAGGUCCACGUAGGCGUUGUGAAACAUGCCCAAAGCUGAUCGAAAAUGUGGCAAAAUUGUCAAAAAAAAUUUAAAAAAAGUUCGACAUCACAAUUAU